GCAUGCUUUUUUGCUCAUUUCAGCGAAGAGUUGCCGAGAUUCUAUGUCUUCCGGCUUUAGUGGGAGGGAUUAUCCGGGUGUUACUUGUAUUACUACUAAUGCCUCAGAUAUCCCGUAUCAUAAUGAGCUAUGGAUCCUGGCUCUCUGAGUCAGAUUGAGACGGAGUUUCUGCAGUGGGCACGUCUCGGGCUAGAAGCAGUCGGACACGUCACGCAAGAAGACGUCAGCUUGGGCAGAGUCCCCGGGCGAGAGCUUAUCAGACGUCUCUCUAGUCAUGUCUAUGUGCCUGAGUUAGUGAGCAUACAGCGUCGUUUUGGGUAUGCGGAUUGUCUAGCAACAUCAGGGUCUGUCACUUUGAGCUACUAUCCUGACGUUGGACCUGUGGGGUCCCCCGUUUCACAGUCGCCAUUUCCGGAAAAGGAACAGGAAAAUUGUGUUGAUAUGCGCUCACCUAGUACUACACUAUCAAUUGAGAGAAGUUCUGUGUCCUCACAACCUCUCUCACCACUAGAAAUGAUGGAUGGCGUGACACUACAGGAAACGUCUGCAACUAUGGGAUCUUAUCUGACAGAGAACGAUUUUUACUCGAAGUUGAGAAUGUUGAGUGAAGUGAGCAUCAUGAAGGAGACUCUGGAGCAUCAGAACGGUCGAACAAUGAACAACUACUGUCACUCUCCUCUCCCAGAAGAAUCACAGAAUGGCAGCGAAGUCUCAGACUCUAACACACCUGAUGAACAUCACGGGCUUACCAAUGGCACCAUCAAUGGCACUGUUGACUCGGAAGCAGCCAAAUUUCAAAUCUACGUCAAUGAGCAGGUUUCCAAUCCAGUCCAGGUUGCAGCUACUGCCAGGAUCUCUCUUCUCAGAUCAGGAAUUGUAUUUCCUGUCGGUGACUUUCAGUUAUCUCCCACUCAACCUCAGUACAGCAACAAGAUGUGGUACAGCGCGAUUCCCGUCUCUAAUAACCACGGAAGACAUCUCCAAUUGCCAUCAUUUCAAGUAGAGGUCAAUGGUAUCAAGCACAGUGAUGGGAACGAAGAGAGUGACACCUACAAAGUAAAGACGGAAUGUCCGGAUUGUGUUGAAAACUGCAACGGGGAUGUGGAGGCGUUGACUUCCUCAUCCACUUUCCCUGAGCCCAAACACAGUGAAGCAGGUCCAUAUCAUUGUGACCUCUGUGGAGAUGGCUUUACCACAACGAAUCUUCUCGGUCAACACAUGAGGGUUCACACAAUGUGCAAACCGUUCACGUGUCACUACUGUGAGAAGACGUUCACUCAGAGAUCCCACCUGACGCGCCACCUGUACACUCACACAGGUGAGAAACCAUACAAGUGUCCACACUGCGAUCGAUCAUUCGCUCGAUCGACGACCCUCACCGAUCACAUUAACACACACACACGGUCUCGACCCCACAAGUGCUGGUACUGUGACAAAUCGUUCAACCAGAAGUCUGGACUGCGGUACCACAUCCGGACACACACAGGGGAACGACCCUUCGACUGUCCCAAAUGUUCUCGAUCGUUCAUCUCCUCAUCGCAGCUUGUCAAGCACAUCUGUCGACCAGAAGUCUUCAAGUCAUGAGACAUUGAUAUCGAAUCAUUCAUAUUUUGAGAUAUUGAAUAAACGGUUGCGCCGGUUUCCCUUCCUUUAUGUAGACAAGGGGGUUUAGAUCUUCGCAAUAUCUGGGCAUUUGCCCGCAUAAUUAAAUUUGAAUCAUCAAUCUGAAUGGGUGACGCGUGCUGGUAGACACAGUACACAGUCUCUCUGUUCAAACGGUUGAUGUGGCUGUGACAGUUGAUGUAACGCGGACCGUUGGUAGGCCGAUUUAUACUAUCAGCACUUUAAUUUCACUUGCUUCUAAUGUUUUUGUGUACAAUACAAGUAGAUUGACGGUUUGAAUAAGAAACGAACGCAGACUUGGUUGCCUGUCUCGUCUGCGUGACUUACCUAAUGCUGUCAGACAUUGUGAUUUCCCUUUUUUUGAUAACAUGUAUGCAUGG